AUGGACCAACAGACACCUUCACCGCCAAUGCGCCCACGGCCGCGCGACGACUGGUUCAAGUCUCUUGAGCCGGCUGUGAAGAUUGGCGCAGGCUGUGGUAAGUGGCAUCUGUCUCCUUGUCUCCACAAAUCUCGACCAUAUCAUGAACAUGCGUAUGAUGAAUGAAUGGAUUCACAUGCUCGAGAUGGAGCAUGUGUAGGGUGCGCGGGUUUAUCGUUUCCUUGUCGUAGUAACGCGUCUCUAUCGCUCAUCUACGUGUAUACACAUCUGCCAAGACACGAGAUCCUGACACGAGAUUCUGAGAUGGGUGACAUGGUGCCAAACAUGUGCUGACUUUCGUGAAAAGGUGCUGCUGGCUUCCUUUUUGGCGGCGCAACGGGUAUCAUCAAAGGAUGGCCACCAGGGCUCAGUGCUACGGUAUCUGCUCUACAGACCUUCGCGCUAGGCACAACCUUUUCCUUCUCUCGCUCCUUCGUGAUCCGAGCAUGGACGGUCGAGGGCAGACCGCCACCCUCGGGAUUCGAUCUCGUCAAGGCAAGCGCAGUUGCUGGAGCCGUUUCGGGGGGCAUAGUCGGAGCGAUAGCACGUGGCCGAUCCAAUGUACUUCCAGGAGCUUUCAUGUUCGCACUGUUCGGUGGUGCUGGCCAAUUCCUUCUCAAUUCCCGUCGGGAGUCAAAGACUGAGCAACCGAAAGAGAACUUUUGGAAACGAAUGAGCGACAAGAGUUGGACGCCGUUCCGUGUACUGUCGAACGAAGAGUAUGCAGAGAUGCUGAAAGAAAAGAUGCUGAAGGUGGAUGUCGAAAUUGCUGUAAUUGACGACAAGAUUGCGGCCUUGAAAGAAGAGCAGAGGAAGGAGCAGGCAGCUGCAGCGUCUAGCGCCACGAGCACGUGA